CUACGACAUGAUGAUCAUGGACAGCUGCCUUGGAUGAGUCGAGUCUGUUGCGCAGCACUCACACACCGACCCAUCAAUUCCCCACAAUGUCGUCUUGCUUCGGCCUCCGCAAACGCAGCGAUGACCAGCAGCCGUUGCUGCCCCAGUACCGCGAUGAUACGGUCCUUCAGAGAGAGCUCCACCAGAAGCUACACUCGUACCAGAUGAUCCGUGCCCUUGGAAAGGGAUUCAUGCCAUCUAACGAGCAACUGAUCAUCAACGUUCGAACUCUCCUCGCCGCCGACAUCCUCAACCCGGACAAUCCAGAACUCAGCGACUCUGGGCGCCGGCUUGUCAAGUUCGCCAAGCAAUGGCUCCACCAGUUCAUUGACCUGCUGCAAAACAAGAACAGCGCAGACCAGAUCCAGGACUUCCUCUGGUACCUCUCCAAGGCUCGCGUCGAGGUGGACGUCGCAGACAUCGCACGCAGUGCCACUCGCUCCAAGGCCAAGGCCGACACCUUCGCUGCCUAUCAAAGCCUACAGACUGUCGGGUCACUGUUGCUCACCAACUCCGACUUCCGUAUUUUCCUAUCGGAUCUCAACACAGUCGGAAGAGAGGUAUUCAAAGACACUGCUUUCACAAUCUCGGACGUCGCGAAGGAAGUUGGCAAGAAGGUCGAGCCUUCCCAGGAAGAACAAAAGGCACUCAAGGAGCCAGGCGCAGACGCUAGCAAUGGCGAGGCUGUAUCAUCUGAGGAGCUCAACGGCGAGGUUCAAGAGGUUGCAAAAGCUGUUGGAUCAGGCACAGUUGAAGUGGCCCAAGCAGCUGGCAGCAGCAUUGCCGACAAGCUUCAGGGUGCCGAGGGCGACUCGCUAUUGUACAGGCUGAAGAAGACCGUCACAAACCUGCGACAGAAGCGCGAUUAUUCUGACUCGGUCUCAACACUGUCAUUGCUUCUCCAGAGAUAUGCCAGGACUUACUCUCGCAUGGCUGAAGAAGCUGUAGGAACUGUCCAGAAUGAUGUCGACACAAAUCGCGAGGCGGACAAAGCCGUUAAGAACUUCUGGCUGCUCAUGAGUUCAUUUGGCGAUCGCAAGGAAUGGGAGGAGCUCGAGACCCGCUUCCACAAGCUGUUGGAGCACUCAAAGAGAGACCCCGCGUUUGAGGACCUACUUAUGGACAUUGGCAACUCCCUGCAGAAGCUGUUGACUGACCCGGAUUUCUUCGACCACGUGGACGAGAAGUUUCAGGAGCUUCGUAAGAAGUCAAGUGGUGUUGGCAAUGACUCUUCACUACGCAAGGAUGUCGACGCCUUCUUCGAGCAGACCCAGAGAACCUUUGCAGCAGUCACGCGCGACGAGGAUGUUGCGAAUCUCAUCCAAUCGACCUUCAGGAUCUGGAGCAUUCUGUCGCCCCAGCACAGCUAUGCAAAUACCGAUUUGGUACAGGACGCCAUCAACGUUUUCGUUCCUUUGAUCAUCUCGGCGAUCCAGUACGUGCCCAUCCCACGUCUUGAGGUCUCUACUCCUGAGGUCGACCUUCUCUUGGAGAACCUGAUCAUCGAGCCCGGCAAGACAAUCAACCAUUCAUCCUUCCUGCCAUUCCGCUUCAAGGUCGAAACAUACAACGAUUUCGAGCUGCGCAAGGCUCGCUUCCGUGUUGCUUCCAAAGCAACGUCGAAGUUCACCAUCAAGAUUGAUGGUCUUUCGUUCCGUGCUGAUGAGAUCGGCUUCCUCCUGCGUGCCCACUCUGGUCUGCUCCGCCUCGCGGACGAGGGCAUCGCUUCCUUCCAGAUGGACGAGCGCGGUCUCGACAUCCACCUUGACGUAGAGGUCGGCAAGGACAAGCAAGAGCAGAUGCUGACUCUACGCGCUGUCCGCGUCAACAUCCACAAGCUCAGCUACACGCUGCGCAAGUCGAAAUUUAGCUUCUUCGGCUGGAUCUUGAGGCCCUUCCUCCGCCCCGUUAUCCGCAAGGUCAUGGAGAUGCAGCUAGCAAAGGGUAUCGCUGAUGCUAUUCACGCUGCCAACCGCGAGCUGCUGUUCGCAAGGGAGAGGCUGAGGGCCACUCGCAUCUCGGAUCCUAACGACUUGCGGACGUUCUUCAAGGCGGUUCUCACGCGCCUUACCCCUGAGGACGACCCGGAUCUGUACACCCGCGUUGGUGUUGCGGCUCCAGGCAAGGGCGUGUUUGCUGGCAAAUACGCUCCUGGCAGUGUGGUCAAGCUGUGGGAGGAGGAAGGUCGCCAGGCGACCGAGAGAAUUGAGGAGUGGGAUGAGGGCGGCUGGAGGAACGACGUUUUUGACAUUCACACGCGCAUGCUUGCUUGAUCGUUUGGCAGCUUCGUUUCUUCCUUCCGUUCGGACGCAGCGGAGUUUGGGGACCGCAAAACAACGGGUCUGCUUUGUUUACGCCGGGGUAUUGUGCCUUGGCGUGUAGUAUAUCUAGCAAG